AUGUCUGAAAGUGCCCCUGCUCAGAAGGUCUGGCUGGCCUCCAACGAUAGCGCCAACAUUGAAGUCGACCGUGUCGUUGCCGAACGAUCAAUGCUGAUCAAGAACAUGCUCGAGGAUGUUGGCGAUGAGUCCAUCACUCAGAGCAACCCUAUUCCUAUUCCUAACGUCAACGAGGCCGUCCUCCGCAAGGUUAUUGAGUGGUGCGAGUACCACCGAAACGAUCCCCCCCAGGCUCAGGAUGAUGAAUCCGACGCCCGCAAGAAGACUACGGAUAUCGAGGAGUGGGACCAGAAGUUCAUGCAGGUCGACCAGGAGAUGCUCUUCGAAAUCAUUCUCGCUUCCAACUACUUGGACAUUAAGCCUCUUCUCGACGUCGGUUGCAAGACCGUUGCCAACAUGAUCAAGGGCAAGUCGCCAGAAGAGAUCCGCAAGACAUUCAACAUCACCAACGACUUCACCCCCGAGGAAGAGGAGCAGAUCCGCCGUGAGAACGAGUGGGCCGAGGACCGUUAA